AUGCCUCCAACUCUAAGUCCUGAAGAACUUCUAGAACAACACAAUGGUACCCCAGAAAUCAAUUCCACAUCUCGAAAACCUGGUCGUCCUCCUGGCGUGAGUUUGGAACCAUACAAAGAUCUUAUAGUCAAACUUUUCGCGGAAGAAAAUACUCCUAUCAUCGACAUUACAAGAAAGCUCAAUCGAGAAUUGGGUCUAGAUGUCUCUGAACGUAAAGUGUCUCGAAGUUUGGCAGCAUGGAACAUUCGCAAAAGAAAUCGUGGACCCAUCCCUCAAGCUCUCCAAGAUCGUUUAACCUAUCAUUAUAAUUCAAACCUCAAUGAUGACCAAAUUACUCAAGCUUUGAUUUCCGAAGGGUUCGAAAUAAAAAGAUCGAAUUUGGGGCGCUUACGACAAAAGCUCGGUAUGCGACGAAGGUCUCGUUAUUCUGAAUUUCGCGAAUACUCAGAAGGCCCCGCAGUUAUCCAUAGUCCAUCGUCUCAUCUACCUUCCACAAUUACACCGAACCCAAACAAUACCAAACCUAAGAUGGCACAAAAUGCUGGUCUAAUUGUGCAAGUUACAGCUUUUGUCGAGAAAUAUAUGAGCGCAUAUGAUGGAUCUCACGACUUCAACCACAUUCGACGCGUUGUUGGGUUGGCGCAUAGGAUAUACAAGGAGCUUAAGGCAGAGAGGAUAGGCGGCCCGGAUUUAGAUCUACAGGUUGUCACUCUGGCGGCACUUUUGCAUGAUGUAGGCGACAAGAAGUAUCUCUUGCCCGGACAGGAUCCAAAUACUUUGGUGCUAUCAACACUGUUAAGUUUUGGGGCCGACGAAAAGCUGGCCGUCAAAGUGCAGAGAAUCGUUCUCGGAGUUUCGUAUUCGAGUGAAAUCAAGGAUAUGGCAUCAGUGAGGGGCAUGAUCGAGAAAUAUCCUGAGCUGGCUGUAGUCCAAGAUGCUGACCGGCUCGAUGCUAUCGGUAAGGCUGCAUCCCAGAAAUUGAAUGAUAAGAAGAUGAAACUAAAUUGUUGUUUUACUGCAGGCGCAAUCGGAAUUGGAAGAACAUUCACAUUUGGCGGAGCAAAAGGUGCGAGGGAUAUGGGAGAGACCAUUCAGCAUUUUGAAGACAAACUGGAGAAACUAGGCGAAAUGAUGAAGACAGCUCCAGGCAAACGAAUGGCGGAAGAAAGAACCAAAAGAUUGGCAACGUUCAAGGACUGGUGGGAAGAGGAACAACAGGAAGCUGAAGGUUUACUGCGACCUCAAUCCUAA